GGCCGGCGCCAUCUUGGUCGGCGGCGCGGAUUGAAUGAGCCCGCCGAGCCGUGGCCGCCGUGGGGAGCCGCGCGGGCCGCGAGGAGCCGCCGCCGCCGCCAUGGCCACGGCCACGCCGCUGUCCGGCCGCAAGGGCGGGCCUGCCACGCCGCUGUCGCCCACGCGCCUGUCGCGGAUGCAGGAGAAGGAGGAGCUGCGCGAGCUCAAUGACCGCCUGGCGCACUACAUCGACCGCGUCCGCGCGCUGGAGCUGGAGAACGACCGGCUCCUGGUCAAGAUCUCGGAGCGGGAGGAGGUGUCCACGCGCGAGGUGAGCGGCAUUAAGACGCUGUACGAGUCGGAGCUGGCCGAUGCCCGUCGAGUGCUGGACGAGACUGCCCGGGAGCGGGCCCGGCUGCAGAUUGAAAUAGGGAAACUGAGGUCUGAGGUGGAAGAGGCCAACAAAAGCUCCAAGAAGAGGGACGGUGAGCUCACGGUGGCCCAGGGCCGUGUGAAGGAACUGGAGUCCCUGUUCCACCGGAGCGAGGCCGAGCUGGCUGCUGCCCUCAGCGACAAGCGUAGCCUCGAGGGUGACGUGGCCGAGCUUCGGGCCCAGCUGGCCAAGGCCGAGGACGGCCAUUCAGUGGCCAAGCAGCAGCUGGAGAAGGAGACGCUGAUGCGCGUGGACCUGGAGAACCGCUGCCAGAGCCUGCAGGAGGAGCUGGACUUCCGCAAGAGUGUCUUCGAGGAGGAGGUGCGGGAGACGCGCCGGCAGCACGAGCGGCACCUGGUGGAGGUGGACAGCGGCCAGCAGCAGGAGUAUGACUUCCGGAUGGCACAGGCCCUGGAGGAGCUGCGCAGCCAGCACGACGAGCAAGUGCGGCUCUACAAGCUGGAGCUGGAGCAGGCCUACCAGGCCAAGCUGGACAACGCCAAGCUGUGCUCGGACCAGAACGAUAAGGCCGCCAGCGCUGCCCGCGAGGAGCUGAAGGAAGCACGCAUGCGAGUUGAGUCCCUCAGCUACCAGCUCUCCAGCCUCCAGAAGCAGGCUAGUGCAGCUGAGGACCGGAUCCGGGAGCUCGAGGAGGCCAUGGCCGGGGAGCGUGACAGGUUCCGGAAGAUGCUGGACGCUAAGGAGCUGGAGAUGACAGAGAUGCGAGAUGUGAUGCAGCAGCAGCUGGCCGAGUACCAGGAGCUGCUGGAUGUCAAGUUGGCUCUGGACAUGGAGAUCAGUGCCUACCGCAAGCUGCUGGAGGGCGAGGAGGAGAGGCUGAAGCUUUCCCCCAGCCCAUCGUCACGGGUCACCAUCUCAAGGGCCACCUCGAGCAGCGGCGGCAGCGUGUCCACGAUGGGGCGCUCUGGCCGCGGCAAGCGGAGGCGGCUGGAGACAGCGGAGCCGCUGGGCACGGGCUCCGGGGGCAUCAGCUCGGGCGGCGGCGGCAGCAGCAGCUUCCACCUGGCCCAGCAGGCCUCGGCCACGGGCAGCGUGAGCAUUGAGGAGAUCGACCUGGAGGGCAAGUUUGUGCAGCUGAAGAACAGCUCGGACAAGGACCAGUCUCUGGGGAACUGGAGGAUCAAGAGGCAGAUCCUAGAAGGGGCGGAGAUUGCCUACAAGUUCACACCCAAGUAUGUGCUUCGGGCUGGCCAGACUGUCACGGUAUGGGCAGCUGGCGCAGGCGUGGCCCACAGCCCCCCAUCAACACUUGUGUGGAAGAGUCAGAACAGCUGGGGCACAGGCGAGAGCUUCCGGACUGUCCUUGUCAACGCCGAUGGGGAGGAAGUGGCCAUCAGAAUGGUGAAGCAGUCCUCGGUGGUGCGGGAGACCGAGAACGGGGAGGAGGGAGAAGAGGAGGGAGCCGAGUUUGGCGAGGAGGAUCUUUUCCAUCAGCAGGGGGACCCGAGGACCACCUCCAGAGGCUGCCGCGUGAUGUGAUGGCGCACACUCAUCGCCUCUUUCCCCAGAGCCUCUGAAGACUUCAUAUCUGCUUUCUCCAGUCCUUAUACAUUUCUAGAGAAUUUUUAAGCGAACUGCCAGAAUGUGGGUGGGUCUGUCUGUCCUCUCAGUGGGUUUCUACGGACCCUCCCUCCAGCCACUGUCCAGGGGCCUUUCGGUGCCCAUUUCUGUGGGUUGGCCUCCGGGCCCAGGAGCCUAAUGGCUGAGGGGUUUGGUGUUAGAGGCUGGAGGGGCCGCGCUGCCCGCCCUCCCCAGCCUGAAGGGAGGCAGAGGAGCUGCAGGAUUCAGUAGUUGUCCUUCGUGUUAUUAAGCUUUUAAAAACCAAAAUCUGAACCCAGGUUCCUGCCUGGUGGGAUGGGGUGUCCCGGGGGUUUGGUGGCUCGCCCACCAGAACGGGGUGUGGGAGCUCUUGGGAGUCACAGGCUUUAUGUCUGCCUGGCUUUGGGGUUGUUGUGACUCCUGCUCUGAAGGUGCUGGGUGACAAGCAGGUUUUCCACCUGGUGAUCAGGGUGCCGCUGGGUGGGGGCUCCUUGUCCCCAUUGUGGCUGCCUAACCAUGCAUUUCUGGAACAAGACCAGUAGGACAGGAGAGAAGGAAGCCUGGGGAAGGAACACUUCCAGCCCAAGACUGGUAGCCGGUAAAGUGAGGGCACAAGUGUGAACCCGGUUUUAGGACCACGUCCAUGUGGAACCACUCGGUGCCCUCCUGUCACGGAAACACUGGCUUCCGGUGAGCCACUGGACGCCCCCUCCCCCACAUACACCGUGUGCCGGGCUCACUGCCAGCCUCCCGCCCGCAUAUACAUAUAUAUGGUGACCCCAAAAAAUGUAUACACACUGAAUAAUCAUAAAGGCAGUGUUUAUCGAAACACGUUUUUUAAGUUGAGCAUCAGCUAUUACAGUGUAUACAUUUUUUGUGGACACUGUAUUCUGCAUAUCUAUCACUACUCUUGCUUCUAUCUGUAACUCUAGUGGAAAUAGUUACUCAGGCCACUGCCAGCUGCCCCCUUUAGGGUGGUUCCAUGACACGGGCUAGCUCCUGGCUGCCUCGUGACCCUCUCUGCAUCAGCCUACCGUUUACAGCCCCACCUAGAUACACAGAAGUUAUUUUUUUAAUGGAUAUUUAUUUUUUUACAUUGGUCAGUACUCAGAUCGCCGAUCCUGCUUCCAUGGCUCAGGCCAGAGUCACGGGGACCCUCCCUCAGGGAGCUCUGAGCCGGAUGGCACACUUCUUCAGAAAGGGCAGCUAUGAGUCUGGGGCAGUCUCAGAGCACCCCAUGGCUGGCCCCCUGGUUCCCUUGGCUGCCCAUUGCCCUGCGCACCCCCAGGCCUGGCUUUCCUGGGGAAUUGCUUAUAGUGGAGAGGGGUGGAGACCAGGGCCCGUGCUGGUGGGACCCCAGUGGCUGAACCAAAUUGUAUGUUCAGGGUUCACCCACAGCCCUCACUUUCCUGGGUCCUUCCUGGGGCCACCUAAGUUCCCAGGCCAGGGACGGAGGGCGCCACCAGGACAACUCAGGGUCCGGUGGGCCGCAGCGAGCCUGCCAGCCUGGCAGUGCAGCACUGUACCCACCCGAACCCUUCCUGGGGCUGGCAGGCUCCUGAGGCUGAAGGCUGUACCCACCCGAACCUUUCCUGGGUGCUGGCAGGCUCCUGAGGCUGAAGGCUGGGUGCACCCCCCUACCCCCCACAAAAGGGGCAGUGGCAUUUUUGGAGAAUCUGAACUAUUUUUGAAUUUGGGUCCGUGGCUUGCUAACAGUCGUUCUCUGUUACAAGCUUGUGGACGGAAAGGGAGAGGGCCCCAGUGCCUGACAGCCUUGGGUGGAGCCGGGAAGUGGUCCAGGUCACCAGCGGGGACACUCGUCAGUAAUGAAGUGUCCGAACCGUGGGGCAGAAUCAACGUGAAACUGCCUGCCGUGGCCAGGGAAACGUGCAGGUCUCCUCACACAAGCUUAGCUUUAAGCCACUUACAGCGAUGCAGAAGGGAUUCCUCUGUCCGAGCCCCUAUCACAUGACUAAACCCAGCACUGGUCCCAGAG